GAGAAAACCUAAUAUGGGUUGUAGCUAUUGUGAAUAAUGAAAACGGUUAUUCUGACAAUACGUGUUUCACGACCCGCUUCUACCUUCAUGAGUUUUCUAUCCUGACGGGGUGAAGGUAGCGGGUAUGUUUAGAAAUGUUUAAAGAAGCAUUAGCAAUGACCUUCAAUCUAAAGCCAAACACAAUCUCGUGAAUGAUCUUCGGAGAGCUGGGCUGGACUGCAUUUGUACCCAACUGUUAAGGAACUGCACGUAGGUGAUCUCAAGAUGUUUGCCUUACUUUACCUGACAGCUUUUGUGUACUGUGUAUCUGGCCAAGCUCUUCUGAGCAAGCUCAAGGGAGAUCGAAGGUACACCAGUAAUUUUUCCAAGUUAAUAUGUAGUGUCCCUGGCCUGCCUGGCCCACCAGGGCCACCUGGAGCAAAUGGAACCCCAGGACCUCAUGGACGCAUGGGUCUCCCGGGCAGAGAUGGAAGAGAUGGCAGACCAGGAGAAAAGGGAGAGAAAGGGAUAUCGGGGAUCAAGGGCAAACUAGGACGUGGAGGAGAUGUGGGCAGUAAAGGAGAUAAAGGACCAAUGGGUAAACCAGGAUUCAGAGGAGCGAAUGGCCUAAAAGGAAAAACAGGACCUCAAGGAAAGUUGGGACCUAAAGGAGACAAAGGACAAAAGGGAGACCCUGGACCAUCAGGUGUUUGUAAAUGUGGGAGUUUAGUACUCAAAUCCGCCUUUUCUGUCGGUAUAACGACGAGUUACCCAACAGAAAAAACACCAAUUAUAUUUAAUAAAGUCCUUUUUAAUGAGGGCGGUCAUUACAUCACUUCCUCUGGAAAGUUUAUAUGCGCCAUUCCAGGGAUUUAUUAUUUCUCUUAUGACAUUACUCUGGCAAAUAAACAUGUUGCGGUUGCACUGGUGCACAAUGGUGAGUAUCGCAUCAAAACCUUUGAUGCCAACACAGGAAACCAUGAUGUAUCUUCAGGAUCAACAGUCAUGUACCUGAAACCAGAAGACGAAGUGUGGCUGGAGAUCUUUGAUUAUGAACAAAAUGGUCUGUUUUCUGAUCCAAACUGGACCGACAGUUUAUUUUCUGGGUUUUUACUUUAUCCUGAUGCUGAUUACCUGGAUGCGUUGGCGGAAGAUGAAUUGUAAUACAAUUAUCUCCAAAUAUUUCUGUUUGAUUUCAAAGUCUUUUAUAAAGAUGCAUUACAGUCUUUUGUGAUAAUGAGGACUUAGACAUUAUGUGAAACUGUUCUUAGUAUCAUUUCAGGAUCUGAUCAUCAGAUAAUGCUUGCUUCCGGACUUGUUUUAAUCUUGUUUAAUUUACUGAUUUAAUUAGGAGUGAUAUAUCUGAGAGCAACAUCGGUGCUGGCAUAUCAUAUAUUCACACAGAGGUAUUGGAUGCCAUGAGUUUGGUUCUAGUUUUGAACAGCUCAGACCUUUUCAGAGGCAAUGGGAACACUCCUGAUGCAAUGGUUCCAAUUCACAAAUCUACUCUUUUAUCAUUUUUGGAAACAACAUUUUACGAACUUUGAUUUUGAUUGAAGGAAGAGUUUGAUUUUUAUUUCAAGACGGACAGCUUCUCUGUGAUAAUUCAUGUGGAGAAACUGCAAAUUUAUUCCAUCAAUGUGAACUUUUGGUGGCAUCUAAUUUAGCAAACCCGUUGACAACAGAAACUGCUAAUAUUUCAGUUUUAAGAUAUAAAAUUAGUUCAUCAACUUAUCUUCUCUCAAAAGAUUCAUAUGAUUAAUUCUCUUCAUUAUUUGUUAUUUUGUAUAUGAAUUGCAUAUUUUAUGGAACUCCUAAGUAAUUUUACUUUUUGUUCAUCUAUAACUAAAUGUCAUAUUUAACUGAGUUUUAUAAAAACAAUAUCAUCAAAAAUUUGGCGAGUGGCUUUUUAUCUUAUGUGAUUGCUGUAUUUGAUGGACUUUAAGAUGCACUGAACCACAUGAUGCACCAGGUAUUUAGAAAGAAAAGUAAAAUUCAGCAUGUAUCAGUUUUUAAUCUUAACAAAAAUGAUAAUGCAGUAUGAAAUUUAACUAU